AUGAAAAAUGUAACCGAUUCUUUCGUUUCUUUGGGCCACUGGCCAUCCGCCGGGAGUUUCGGGUUUAAUACCGAUAUUUUAGCAACAAAUCUAAUAAAUCUAAGUGUAGUGCUUGGGGUCUUGAUCUUUUUUGGAAAGGGAGUGUUAAGUGAUUUAUUAGAUAAUCGAAAACAGAGAAUCUUGAAUACUAUUAGAAAUUCAGAAGAAUUGCGCGAGGGGGCCAUCGAACAGCUGGAAAAAGCCCGGGCUCGCUUACGGAAAGUAGAAAUAGAAGCAGAUCAGUUUCGCGUGAAUGGAUACUCUGAGAUAGAGCGAGAAAAAUUGAAUUUGAUUGAUUCAACUUAUAAGACUUUGGAACAACUAGAAAAUUACAAAAAUGAAACUAUAAAUUUUGAACAACAAAAAGCGAGUAAUCAAGUCCGACAACGGGUUUUCCAACAAGCCUUACAAGGAGCUCUAGGAACUCUGAAUAGUUGUUUAAACAGCGAGUUACAUUUACGUACUAUCAGUGCCAAUAUUGGCAUAUUGGGGGCGAUGAAAGAAAUAACGGAUUAG